AAGGAAGUAAUUUAAGAAUGUUGAAACACGCCCCUGAGCAUCACGGAAGUGCGUGCAAGUAAUGUCAUAUGACUUGUUCAGAACGAGAAAUAAAAUGUUGCUAAUCUGUGGAUAAAAGUGGACCUUAACGGUGAAUGAUAUCCAAAGCAAACACGAAAUGGAGGAGAUAAGAAUAUCUCCUGAUUACAACUGGUUCAGAAGCACAGUGCCACUGAAAAAAAUUAUAGUGGACGACGAUGACAGCAAGGUGUGGUCCUUGUAUGACGCAGGCCCAAAGAGCAUCAGGUGUCCCAUCAUAUUCCUUCCCCCUGUGAGUGGGACAGCAGAGGUGUUCUUCCAGCAGGUCUUAGCCCUGACAGGCUGGGGCUACAGAGUCAUCUCACUGCAGUAUCCUGUUUAUUGGGAUCUCUUGGAGUUCUGUGAUGGAUUUCGGAAGCUUCUCGAUCACUUGCAUUUGGACAAGGUCCAUCUAUUUGGUGCUUCUCUGGGCGGCUUCCUGGCCCAGAAGUUUGCCGAGCACACACACAAGUCUCCCAGAGUCCACUCUCUGAUCCUGUGCAACUCCUUCAGUGACACCACCAUCUUCAACCAGACAUUGACAGCCAACAGCUUUUGGUUGAUGCCCGCCUUCAUGUUGAAGAAGAUUGUCCUGGGGAACUUCGCUAAAGGACCUGUCGACCCCAAGAUGGCCGACGCAAUCGACUUUAUGGUCGACAGACUGGAGAGCCUGAACCAGGGUGAGCUAGCCUCCAGACUAACACUCAACUGUCAGAACUCCUACGUGGAGCCUCACAAGAUAAAGGACCUGGCCGUCACCAUUAUGGAUGUGUUCGACCAGAGUGCCCUGUCACACGAGGCGAAAGAGGAAAUGUAUAAGCUGUAUCCAAAUGCCAGACGGGCUCACCUCAAAACGGGUGGAAACUUCCCCUACCUGUGUAGGAGUGCUGAGGUCAACCUAUACAUACAGAUCCAAUGGCUGUUUCCUCCUCUCCUCACUCUGCUGUCGUCCGCCUCCGCCAUGUUGUUCUCAACACCACUUUAUUUCAAUAUUCACCUGCGGCAGUUCCACGGGACGCGGUACGCCGCCAUCAACUCGGACAUGGUGAGCGCCGAGGAGCUGGAGGUGCAGAAGAGCCACCUGGUGAAUAGCGCCAACGACCAAUGACGAGACUGUUACCCAGCACCUUCUCCUCUCUCCCAGCUCUGACCGGCAGGCCAGAACCAUAGAAUCGGAUUGGCUGAUUCUGUGGGGCAGAACUAUGGGAACUACGUUUCCCUGACCAGCAAAACAGCCAAGAAAAAGUCAACCAUAGAAAUUAGAAUGACUCAAUUCUAUUUCUGUAUUUCUAUGAUCUCAACCAUCAUCACCCAGUCACCACGACUGGUCACACGGAUCUAUGGAUCCACUUGUUAAAAAAGGUCAUCUCUUCACCUGAUCUUCUUUCUGUUUUUUCUACGAUAUUGAAUACAAUCAAUCCACAAGUUGAACUGAUACUAUUUUUACUUUACAGUUAAAAAUAUAUAUUUUAAUUAUCACUGUUACUGUAAAUAGAGCGUAAUUGGCUACGUUGCUUUGAGAGAAGAAACGCCAUACGAUGCCAUGUUAUGAACCUUUUGCCUUACGUGAUAUAAAUCUCAUGCAUUUAAUUGAUGUUGCACUUUUGAAUUCCAUGUUUUUCCUUCUAUGUUUAUGGUUAACUCUGCCAACUGUGGCGAUACUUGGUAAGCUAGAAAACCUGCACUGAUUAGAUAUACAGCGGAGGAUGGUAGUCAGAAGAAAUAAUGUUAAAUUUAAUUUGUAAUUUAAUAAAGCCUUCUUGAAAACAU